UAUGCCCUAGAACCCCCUCUAUUUCUCUUUUAUUUGCUUCUCAAGAAACCGCUUGGUCUCGGAGAUUUCCUUCCUCUCCGGCGAGAAGAAAAAGAAAAGAUGCCGACUGACAUUGAAGACGAGAUCAAGGACGAGAAGAAUCCCCGCCCUCUCGAUGAAGACGAUAUAGCUCUCCUCAAGACUUAUGGAUUGGGACCUUAUUCCAACAGCAUCAAGAAAGCUGAAAAGGAUGUAAAGGAAAUGGCCAAAAGGAUCAAUGAUUUAUGUGGUAUCAAGGAGUCUGACACUGGUUUAGCCACACCUAGCCAAUGGGAUCUUGUUUCUGAUAAACAAAUGAUGCAAGAGGAGCAACCACUUCAGGUGGCUAGAUGCACAAAGAUAAUCAAUCCAAACACAGAAGAUGCAAAAUACGUUAUAAAUGUCAAGCAAAUCGCCAAGUUUGUUGUCGGGUUAGGUGACAAAGUUUCACCCACUGAUAUUGAAGAAGGCAUGCGUGUUGGCGUUGAUCGCAAUAAAUAUCAGAUUCAGAUUCCAUUACCUCCCAAGAUUGAUCCAAGUGUGACCAUGAUGACAGUGGAAGAAAAGCCAGAUGUCACAUAUAACGAUGUUGGUGGAUGCAAAGAACAAAUUGAAAAGAUGAGAGAGGUGGUUGAGCUACCAAUGCUCCACCCUGAGAAAUUUGUCCAGCUUGGAAUCGACCCCCCAAAAGGUGUCCUCUGUUAUGGUCCACCUGGCACUGGUAAAACCCUUUUAGCAAGAGCAGUUGCCAAUCGAACUGAUGCGUGUUUCAUACGUGUCAUUGGAAGUGAACUUGUUCAAAAGUAUGUUGGUGAAGGGGCCCGCAUGGUUCGUGAGCUCUUUCAAAUGGCACGUUCAAAGAAAGCAUGCAUUGUUUUCUUUGAUGAAGUUGAUGCAAUUGGUGGGGCCCGGUUUGAUGAUGGUGCUGGUGGUGAUAAUGAGGUUCAAAGAACCAUGCUUGAAAUUGUCAACCAACUUGAUGGGUUCGAUGCACGUGGUAACAUCAAAGUUCUAAUGGCCACAAAUAGACCAGAUACAUUGGACCCUGCAUUGUUAAGACCUGGAAGAUUGGAUAGGAAAGUGGAAUUUGGACUUCCGGAUAUGGAAAGUAGGACUCAGAUAUUCAAGAUUCAUACACGGACAAUGAACUGUGAAAGAGAUGUUCGGUUUGAACUUUUGGCUCGCCUUUGUCCGAAUUCUACUGGUGCGGAUAUCAGGAGUGUGUGUACAGAGGCUGGAAUGUAUGCGAUUAGAGCAAGGAGGAAGACGGUGACAGAGAAGGAUUUUCUUGAUGCAGUGAAUAAGGUGAUUAAAGGGUAUCAGAAGUUUAGUGCUACUCCUAAAUACAUGGUUUAUAAUUGAUUUCGAUUUCACUAGUCUUGUUUUAUCCAUUAAGACCUUAUUUUCAGGCUAAAACCUAUUUCUUCUUUUUGUAUUUCCUUUGAAACCCAUUUAGUUCUUAUUUGCAGUUUCAAUUCAUAACGGUUCUCUAAUAAA